AAAACACUAUCCACUUCGGACUCUCAUCAGUUCCUCUCCACAUUACCGUUUUUAACUCCACAAGACUCGGCCACCCUCUUUUUGAGUAGCCUCCAAACCAUGAGUCAUUCACUAAACCCAGCAUCUCCGCCUCUGGCCGCGGCCACCGCCCUCUCAAGCAAAUCGAAUCAGAAGACAUUGCCUCCAUCGAUUGCAGGAGUUCUUAGAGCGUGCCAGCAAGGCCCUGAUGACAAACUAAUCCGAAUCCACCGCAGGAGCGUUGCGCUUGGAUUCGUGGUUGGUUCAUUGAGCUUGGGCAUCGGGGAGCAGAGGGUGACAGCAGCCGCGAGAAGGCCGCCGCCAUCUCCACCGGAGGAGAAAAGGGACCCAAAUGUGAGCGGUGUUCAGGCGAAGAUACUAGCCAGCAAAAAGAGGAAAGAAGCCAUGAAAGAAUCCAUCGCCAAGCUAAGGGAGAAAGGGAAGCCAGUAAAUCCGUCAAGUGAAUAGUCAUCCUAAAGAAUCUUCAGUGUCUAUUCUUGCGGAGAAAGUUCAAUCGUCGAGCACACAUUUUCUCGCAAUCUCUUCAAUUACGACAGCUGAUAACUUGUACCGACUAGACUCAU